UUCUGGGCUGUGCUAAUAGGACCCUUCAAAGGAAGAGCAAUGGCUGCAGCAGCAGCUUCUCACCUGAACCUAGACGCCCUCCGGGAAGUGCUGGAAUGCCCUAUCUGCAUGGAGUCCUUCACAGAAGAGCAGCUGCGGCCCAAGCUGCUGCACUGUGGCCAUACCAUCUGCCGCCAGUGCCUGGAGAAGCUAUUGGCCAGUAGUAUCAAUGGUGUCCGCUGUCCCUUUUGUAGCAAGAUUACUCGCAUAACCAGCCUGACCCAGCUGACAGACAACCUGACAGUUCUGAAGAUCAUUGACACAGCUGGGCUCAGCGAGGCCGUGGGGCUGCUCAUGUGCCGGUCCUGUGGGCGACGUCUGCCCCGGCAGUUCUGCCAGAGCUGUGGCUUGGUGUUGUGUGAGCCUUGCCGGGAGGCGGACCACCAGCCUCCUGGCCACUGUACACUCCCUGUCAAAGAAGCAGCUGAGGAGCGGCGUCGGGACUUUGGAGAGAAGUUGACUCGUCUGCGGGAGCUUAUAGGGGAGCUGCAGCGGCGCAAGGUAGCCUUGGAAGGUGUCUCCAAGGACCUUCAGGCAAGGUAUAAAGCAGUUCUCCAGGAGUAUGGGCAGGAGGAGCGCAGGAUCCAGGACGAGCUGGCUCGCUCUCGGAAGUUCUUCACAGGCUCUUUGGCUGAAGCUGAGAAGUGCAAUAGUCAAGUGAUAGAGGAGCAGAGUUACCUGCUUAACAUUGCAGAGGUGCAGGCUGUGUCUCGCUGUGACUACUUCCUGGCCAAGAUCAAGCAGGCAGACGUGGCAUUACUGGAGGAGACAGCUGAUGAGGAGGAGCCAGAGCUCACGGCUAGCUUGCCCCGGGAGCUCACCCUGCAAGAUGUGGAGCUCCUUAAGGUAGGUCACGUUGGCCCCCUCCAAAUUGGGCAGGCUGUUAAGAAGCCCCGAACAGUUAAUAUGGAAGAUUCCUGGGCCAUGGAGGCUGCGGCCUCUGCCGCCUCGACCUCUGUAACAUUUAGAGAGAUGGACAUGAGCCCCGAGGAAGUGGUUGCCAGCCCCAGGGCCUCACCCGCUAAACAGCGGGGUCCUGAGGCAGCCUCUAAUAUCCAGCAGUGCCUCUUUCUCAAGAAGAUGGGGGCCAAAGGCAGCACUCCAGGCAUGUUCAAUCUCCCAGUCAGUCUCUACGUGACCAGCCAAGGCGAGGUGCUGGUUGCUGACCGUGGCAACUACCGUAUACAAGUCUUCACCCGCAAAGGCUUUUUGAAGGAGAUCCGCCGCAGCCCCAGUGGCAUUGACAGCUUUGUGCUGAGCUUCCUUGGAGCUGAUUUGCCCAAUCUCACUCCUCUCUCAGUGGCCAUGAACUGCCAUGGGCUGAUUGGUGUGACUGACAGCUACGAUAACUCCCUCAAGGUAUAUACGUUGGAUGGCCAUUGCGUGGCCUGUCACAGGAGCCAGCUGAGCAAACCAUGGGGCAUCACAGCCCUGCCAUCUGGCCAGUUUGUAGUAACUGAUGUGGAAGGUGGAAAGCUUUGGUGUUUCACUGUUGACCGAGGAGCAGGGGUGGUCAAAUACAGCUGCCUCUGCAGUGCUGUGAGGCCCAAGUUUGUCACCUGUGAUGCUGAGGGCACCGUCUACUUCACCCAGGGCUUGGGCCUCAAUCUGGAGAAUCGGCAGAAUGAGCACCACCUGGAGGGUGGCUUCUCCAUUGGCUCUGUGGGCCCUGAUGGGCAGUUGGGUCGCCAGAUUAGCCACUUCUUCUCGGAGAACGAGGAUUUCCGUUGCAUUGCUGGCAUGUGUGUGGAUGCUCGUGGUGAUCUCAUAGUGGCCGAUAGUAGUCGCAAGGAAAUUCUCCAUUUUCCUAAGGGCGGGGGCCAUAGUGUCCUUAUUCGAGAGGGGCUCACCUGUCCAGUGGGCAUUGCCCUUACUCCUAAGGGUCAGCUGCUGGUCUUGGACUGUUGGGAUCAUUGCAUCAAGAUCUACACCUACCAUCUGAGAAGAUAUUCCACCCCUUAGGGGAUGAGAAAUGCCGGUUU